UACACAGGCAUAAUAAAAGCAUACACAGUGUUCUUGAGUUAGCUAACGUAGCUAUGAGAAAUACAGUAGGUGUGUUUUUGUCUCUAGUUUGUUUAACUAUUGCGAAAAACCUCAUAAAGGGGAAAGACUACUGUACCGUGCCUAUUGCAAUGAUAAGGCCUCGAAUGAUGUGCCAUCCUCUGCAAUCACUCUGGGUCAUUAGAAAGGGCAAAUGUGUAGAGGCAUUGCAUUGUAUUGAUGGAUACUCAAAAAAAGAGUGCAACGACAAGUGCCUUAGAACGAAAAAAAAGAAGAUAAAACGCAAGACGACCCCCCCAACAAAACCCCAAACGAAAGAGAUUCCAAAACCCUUAACCACUUGUGCAACCACAGCGGUGGAGUUUAAAACAACUACUGAGCAGUAUGAACCACCUACAGGACAAUUUUUGACGUCUACCAGAGAAACUAGAAGAUCUAGAAGAACUCGAAGAACGAGGACGUCUACUCUUAAAGAGAUAUGUUAACAAAGAUAGGGAUAUGUUAACAAAGGAAGGGUAAAACAAAUUGAAGUCCCCCUGAUCCAAAUUUGCUUAAUGUAUAUUUAAU